AUUGGUGAAUGAGAGGGAACUGCAACUGUUUGAUGGUACAAGACUAGUGGGCAGGGACAGGUAUGAAAACAUUAAAGAGGAGACAGGACUGUCAGAUAAAGAUUUGGAGAGCAGGAACAUUCUCCCUAUCCACCCUUCCUUCCGGAUCAUAGCUCUCUCAGAACCCCCAGUUGUUGGCAGCACAAAGCAGCAGUGGCUGACUCCAGAGAUGUUGACAAUGUUCUUGUACCAUGGCAUGAGACCUCUGUCCCGCUCAGAAGAGAUGGAUGUUAUUUCCCGACUGGUUCCUGGUGUACCAGACUUGAGCAGAUUGUUUGAUUUUGUACACAAACUCAGACAUUCUACAGAUGGCACGCUUCAGUCCCUAGCUUCAAGCCUGUCCACUCGCCAGCUGUUGAGAAUUGCACGUCGACUGGCUAAGUUCCCAAGUGAGGAUCUUCAUGGCAUUAUACACAAAGCUUGUCUGUCUAGAUUUCUGCCAAAGCUUGCCCAAUCAGCAUUGAAUCAGUCUCUGGAGGAAUCACAAGUGCUGCCUCUCAAGAUAACCCACCAUCUUGAUGAUCAUGAUCAUUCUGUUACCUGUGAAGUAAAAGAUGGGAUUGUGAGAAUUGGAGAAACUUCUGUCCCAGUAUAUAACCCAGAAAAUAGAACAAAGGUGCCAGACAUCUUGUUCUAUGAAAAUCCACAGCACUUAACAGUAAUGGAAGACAUGCUAAAGGACUUCAUCCUUGGAGAGCACUUGUUGCUGGUUGGGAAUCAAGGCGUUGGCAAAAAUAAAAUUGUGGACCGCUUCUUGCAGUUGCUCAACAGACCAAGGGAGUACAUACAGCUACACAGAGACACAACAGUUCAGACACUGACCCUACAGCCAACUGUGAGAGAGGGAAUCAUCAUGUAUGAGGAUUCUCCACUGGUUGUGGCAGUCAAGCUGGGACAUGUUCUUGUUGUGGAUGAAGCCGACAAGGCACCCACCAAUGUCACCUGUGUUCUCAAAACUUUGGUUGAAUCUGGAGAAAUGCAUCUGGCAGACGGGCGAAGAAUUGUUGCAGCAAACUCUGGAAUCCAUCCCAAUGAGACUGUCAUAGUUGCUCAUCCAGAUUUCAGAAUGAUUGUACUUGCAAACCGACCAGGCUUUCCCUUUUUGGGAAAUGACUUUUUUGGUGCUAUGGGUGACAUCUUCAGUUGCCAGGCCAUUGAUAACCCAGAUAUGGAGUCUGAAAUGGCCAUGUUGCGUCAGUAUGGUCCCAAUGUGUCUGAUGUCACUCUGAAACGCCUGGUCUCAGCAUUUUCUGACUUGAGGGAGAUGGCCGACCAGGGUUUGAUCAGUUACCCAUACUCUACCAGGGAAGUUGUCAACAUGGUCAGACAUUUACAGCUGUUUCCCAAUGAAGGCCUCACUACCGUUGUUAAGAAUGUGUUUGACUUUGACUUCUACAACAAAGAACUGCAAGAAACAAUUGUCGAGACAAUGCAGAAACAUGGCAUCCCAGUUGGAGCCUCACAGGCUUCUGUAUCUUUGGCUAAAGAAUUCCCGAUGCCUCCUUUAGAAUAUUGUGGCCAGUGGAAUGUUUCAGCACAUGGUACAGGGUCAGCUCUGUUGCCUGUGACCUCAAAGAAAAUAUCUGUUAAGGGUCCUGUCCCCUUGUAUGUUCAGAGUGUCACAGUUGACAGAACUGAAUCUAGAUCUAAUGUGUUCACAGAGGAGGAGUCAUACUCUUUUUUACCUUUAGAGGAUGCUAAUAUAGUGUGUGAUGUAGCUGUUAGCAGAGUGAACACGAGAAGUCCCGGUCAGAACAAGCAUGAUGUCAUCUACGUAGCCACUUGCCACCCGAUCUGUCUGUACACGCUGACCAUGUCAUCUCACACUGCCAAUUUGAUUGACAUGUACGAUGUCUUCCCUUCAACUGUGGGAUCCUACAAGCCGCAGGUUCGAAUCCAGGCAUUGGCAUCUCCUUUGGAUGACACAGUUUUACUUCAUGAACAAGUGACAAAUGUCUUGAUAGCAGUCAACGUAGAGACUGGUCACAUUACACGCAUUGUUGCAGACGGCUUGCCUGAAGUCUCCGCCAGCAAGAGAAAAUUCCCAUCAGUAUCCUCAAAAACUGAGAACCCAUACAGGAUGUGUGUUACUGAAGACCUAGACCCAAGAGGGACCACUCUGUUUUAUAAGAUGAAUGGGCAGCAAGUGGAGGUAUUAAAUAUGCUUGAAGGCAUCUCUCACUCAGUGUCCUUGCCAGUCGACAUCCAAGCAUGUCAUUCUGUGGGAUCCCAGAAGUGGAUUAUCACUGAAUCAGACACCUUCAGGAAACACAUCCUUGAAAGGAAAGCUGAGGAUGUUUUUUCACUUCUGCCCAUUAAAGAUGAUAGAGGCUUCAGUUCCAACCAGUUGUUACAAACAGCCACCAGCCCACUGGAUGAUAAAAGAUUGAGUGAGGCACUAGGGGAGACAAUCAGCAGUCCUAACAGAGUGGCUGUGUUCGAUAAUACAUAUGCCUCUGUUCUUGUGGGAUUUCCUGAAUUGAAUCAAGUAGAUGUUCAUGUUGCUCCUCGCACCCGCCUCCCAGAAACCUCCAUAACCAACAAGUCAGAUCUGACAUUUGGACUGAAGUCUCAACCAGUAUCAUUUAAUAAGGAGAAAUCUUUAGUCUCCUUACCACAGUCAGGCCAGGUAGUUCGUGCCUUGCCUGCUUGGCAGAUUCCAAAUGAGGUGAAGCAAGACAAUGUCAAAGCUCCAGGAGAAAAGGCAGCAGAGUUGAGUGGUUAUCUGGAGGUGUCUGAUCUAGUUGGUCACAAGUUGCGAUAUAUUCCUGUCCCUGCUCCUAAACGAAUCUCCCCCUAUGCUUCCUGGCUGUUCAACAACUCUGACUGUAACAUGUUCAUUGCUCCAACAUCAAAUGAUGGCCUGGUGUCUGUGGACAUUGGCGGCUGUGUCAGACAGUGGGAGACAGUGCCCCUGAAGCUGGAGACAUCCCUGAAGCAGUGGCGAGAUAUGCUGGGAUAUGAGGAUUCAAGACCUCUCCAGCUGAAUGAAGAACGAGAAAGUGGCAGAGAUCAUGAAGACAUAGAUGUGAAACAUGGCAAAGAAGACCCACUCAAUCAACCUCACGUGGGUGGGGGAACAUGGGCUGGUGGUGUAGGAGGAAGUGGGACAGCAGGUUUGGGUGGGUUCGGUGGCCCUUACAGACUGGAUGCUGGACACCAGGUAUUUCAGGUUCCACAGUGGGAGAAGGAUGCUGUUCCAGAGAAUGUGAGACUUGCAGCCAGAGAAAUGGCCCAGAAGGCUUACAGACAGAGACUGAAAGAGAUUGAGAUGAGCGAGUAUGAUGGUCAGUUGUAUGAGAGGUACUCUGCUAGUGUCAGGAGGCAGGUUCAAAGUCUCAGGGUCAUUUUGGACUCACUUCAGGCCAAAGGUAAAGAGCGUCAGUGGUUGAAACAUCAGUCACACGGAGAUUUGGACGACGCUAAGCUCAUAGAUGGCUUGACUGGAGAGAGCAGCAUAUACAAGAGAAGAGGAGAAAAGGAGCCGGAGAUGGGAUCACCCCAAGAGCGGCCAAAGCGUUUACGUCUGCUGGUGGAUGUGUCAGGGAGUAUGUAUCGUUUUGACGGGCAUGACGCCAGGCUGACCAGAGAGAUGGAAGCUGUCUUAAUGGUGAUGGAGGCCUUUGAAGCAUAUGAGGAGAAAUUUAAGUAUGACAUAUUUGGCCAUUCUGGGGAAACCUACAUGGAAGAGUUUGUGAAGAUGGGCAAGCCUCCCAAGAACAACAAGGAGAGGUUGAACGUGCUGAAGCUGAUGCUGGCCCAUGCUCAGUUCUGUAUCAGCGGAGACAACACCCUGGAGGCAGCCAAGCAUCACAUCAAGGCUCUUGCCCAGGAGGAAGCAGAUGAGCAUUUUGUGAUUCUACUCAGUGAUGCCAAUUUUGACCGCUAUGGCAUUCGCCCAUCACGAUUUGGAGAGAUUCUCACUGGGAAUGAGGAUGUGAAUGCUUAUGCAAUUUUUAUAGGAUCACUUGGGGAUCAGGCUAUCAGGUUGAACAAACAGCUACCCAUGGGUCAUUCCUAUGUCUGCUUGGAUACCAAAAAUCUGCCACAGAUUUUACAGCAGAUCUUUACUUCCACUAUGCUGUCUGCAUAA